GGGAGCAGACYCUGGCCUCAGCACCCGGCCAGAGAGCCCAGGGGAGAAUCAGAGGGGACCCUGCACUGACUGAGAGCCUCCAAGGGAAGCCAGACUUAAUGGGGUGGAAACACCCCUGAACUUAGUCUCAAAAAGUCCAACGUUUGACUUUUAGCUCCGCUGGAUUUACUGUAUCUUGGAAUUCACAAUGACCACAAUAACAGUGACCACAGAAGUUCCCCCAAAGAAAAAGAUGGAGGAUUCUGCCUUGUAUGAAUCUACGUCAGCUCACAUUAUUGAAGAGACUGAAUAUGUGAAAAAGAUUCGAACUACUCUGGAAAAGAUCAGAAGUCAAAUGUUUAAAGACGAAGUAAGACAUAACAGUAGGAAUCACAAACGAGAGGCAAAGCCCUGUGGAAACUUUCAAAAUGGCUCCGACUCUGAAGUGGACCCCUCUUGUUGCAGCUUGGAUUUGCUCGUGGAAAAACUGAGAGGAAAAGACCUGCAGCUCUUAGAAGUGAACAAGGAGAAUGAAGUAUUGAAAAUCAAGCUGGAAGCCUCCAGAGAAGCAGGAGCAGCAGCUCUGAGAAAUGUGGCCCAGAAAUUAUUUGAAAACUACCAAGCACAGUCUGAAGACGUGAGAAAGAAGCACGAGGACAGUAAACAAUUACUCCAGGUUAAUAAGCUUGAAAAAGAACAGAAAUUGAAACAACAUGUUGAAAAUCUGAAUCAAGUCACUGAAAAACUUGAAGAAAAACAUAGUCAGAUCACAGAAUUGGAGAACCUUCUAGAGAGAAUGGAAAAGGAAAAGAGAUCACUGCUAGAAAGAAAACUGUCUUUGGAAACCAAGCUGCUGCAACUCAAAUCCAACACUGCAUAUGCUAAAAGUUGCCAGGAUCUUCAGACAGAGAUUUCCAUUCUCCAGGAGCAGAUCUCUCAUUUGCAGUUUGUGAUUCACUCCCAGCAUCAGAACCUGCGCAGCAUCAUCCAGGAGAUGGAAGGAUUAAAAAAUAAUUUAAAAGAACAAGAUAAAAGAAUAGAAAAUCUGAAAGAAAAAGUCAACAUCCUUGAAGCCCAGAAUAAAGAACUAAAAACCAAGGUGGCACUUUGGUCUGAAACUCCUAGGACAAAAGUAUGUAAGGCCGUGUCGACCAGUGAAAUGAAGACUGAAGGCACUUCCCCUUAUGUGAUGUUGAUUAGACUACGGAAAUGAACUUCGGGAUAAAGAUCCAGUUAAGAAGGACAAUGUGGAUCUCAUUCUUUCCUCAAUAGGGUGUCUACACAUUCCUGUUAAAAUAGCAUAAUGCAAGUAUUUAAAUGGGAUUUAUUAUAUAACGUUUGCUUUGGCAGAAGAUGAUAUUCCAGAAAACCAUGCACAUAUAUACUUGAAGAAGGAACUCUUUCUUCAAAACUUGGUAAAUAAACGAAGAGGAAGAGUCCAGGUGCUUUCUUGGAGGGAAGAUGAAUUCUGUCUCAAACCUAAAAGCAAAGAGAAAAUCUGAAUCUUGUUUCCAGAUUUUUGCUAAAAGAACUCUUUCAAAUUUGUCAGUUUUGACCUUUUGAUAGUGGUUUUUAUGUGUACAAGCAGAGUGAAUAGAUGUAUGAAUAAAUAGUCUAUUUAAAGUUGACUUAGCUAAUAAAAAAUAUCUUACUAUGACAUAAGUUUAUCUYCUAACCUAUUGUUAAAGAGCAAAUUGUUUCCUGCUGAAUUAUGGACAAAGGAAAGARUAGAUUCUUCUAAGCUAAUUUCCUAACCCAUCCUGCCCACAGAAGAUGAGAAUCAUGGCUGCACUCAUGCAAACAUACUGAUGCUCAGGAAAAUACAAUACACUGCAAUUAAACGAGUAAGGAGAGACUUAGUUACCCUAAAGGGGAAUUCUCUUUAARACCUUCAUCAUCCACUGUGUAUAACUCUCAACAUUUUCUCAGGAAAAUGUUUCCAACCUUUCAGUAUGGAAUGUGAAGUAUCAGUAUUAUUUAUUAAUAUUUAAAGGUAUGUACAAGUGAGGUGAAGUAUUUAUAAAUUCAUGCAAGUACUGUAGUCCUCUAAUGUUGCAUUACUCUCUGUGUGAGUUUUAGCAAACAAUACAAAUGUUUGUCCUUGCAAACAUUUGUAUUGUUUGCUAGUUUUUAAGGUAGUUAUCUAAUAAAAUUUACGUCUUAGUUAUCCUAUGCUGGGGCAAUUCUAAGCACUUUACUUGUUUUGAUUCUUGUCAUUUUCUCUCAGACCCUCAGAAGCAGGUCAUGUCAUUAUCCCUGUUUACAGAGAGAUACUGAGAGUGGUUAUGUAAUUUCCCAACUGCUAAUUGUGGACAAGGAUUUGAACCUCUGACUUGGCUGUUGAUAUUCAUUCYGCCUGCUCACUUGGUGGUCUGAGAUAUUUCUCAGUAAUAGAAAUACCCCUCUUCUUGCUGUAUAUCAAGCAUGCAACUUCCAUGAGGGCUGUCCGUCUACAUUAUACUGUGGAUGAUGGUCAGAAAAAUCAUUUACUGAGACAAUCAAUAUUUCCUGAAGUGAGUUUGUCUUUCACUCGUUAGACUAACAUCUAAAGAAUUUAGGCAAACUUUUCUGCUGAGAAUCUGCUUAUUUACGUUUAUUAUUCAUGAUUUCACGCAGUAUUUUUAGGGUAUACAGAGAAUCCACUUUUCCCUGCAGUUCCUUUGAUGCCCUUUUAACCUUAAGCAUUCUGUUAGAUUUUAAUAACUUUGAGAUUUUGAAAUGAACUCAUUUAAGUAACCAAACAGCCUUCAUAAUUUCUAAUAGAACAAUUUAUUCUAAAGUAAAAAAUGGAAAAGCCCUCAUGUGCUUUAUUUUGACUUUGCUGUACUCAGUUUUGAACAUCAAAGUACAGUUGGAGACAAUACAGAUGAGACCUGCCCUCCAGGUCCACUUUGAAAUGGACUUUGAAUUCCCUGAGAAUACCAAUCAGCAAUUACAGAAGCCUCAAAUGAUUCAGACUCAUCAAAAACAAAGAUACCUUUAUAGUAGCAUCAGUUUUAUCUUUCAUUUGUCAUAUUUUGGUUAUUUUUCAUACCCUUAUAGAUUUAGAAUUUAUCAUUUAAAAUGUUUUUUAUGUAACAUUUCAAAACAGUUAGAAAUGUUUCUUAAAUAAACAUUUCUGAACAAUAAAACAGAAGAAAUGGGGAAUGAAA